AUGAUAAUCAAUCCUGUAUUUCAUGCUUUGGUAAAUGUAAAUCAUGUGAAAAUAAUUCAUAUUUUUGCACUUCUUGCAUUGAUAAAAAUCAAUAGUUGAUAGAUAAUUAAUGUAUUUGUAAAGAUGGUUAUUAUGAAGAGAAUUAUUUUUGUAAAAGUUGUAAUGAAACCUGUAAAAUUUGUUAAAGUUUAACAUUUUGUACAGAGUGUAAAUCAAUAGAUAACAUUGUUUUGUUGAAUAAUCAAUGUAUAUGUAAAGAUGGCUAUUAUUAAAAUUAUUAAUAAUGUUAAAUCUGUGAUCAAACAUGUUUAACUUGUUCACAAUAUUUCAAUAAUUGUUUAAGUUGUAAUGAAUUUAAAAAUAGAAUUUUAAAGAAAAAUUAAUGUAUCUGUUAAAAUGGUUACUUUGAGAAUGAGAGAAAUGAAUGUUGGCCUUGUAAUUCAAAUGAAGGUAAAAUAAUUAAGGAUUGUUAAUAUAAAGAUUGCACUGAUCUUGUUUGGACUUAUGGUGAACAUUGUGAUGAUGGUAACAAUAUAAUCAGAGAUGGAUGUUCAAAUUGCAAAAUAGAUGAUAAUUAUUCAUGUUUAAACACAUUAUUAGAACCAUCUUUAUGCUUUUAGUGUAAUGAAAAUUGUUUAGAAUGCUAAUUAAAUUAACAAUAAAAGUAAUCUGAAUGUAUUAAAUGCAAAGAUGGUUAUUUUCUAUUCAAUUCUAACUGUGCUAAAUGUACAGAAAAAUGUUUAACUUGCAAAACAAGUGCUUCAAAUUGCAUUACUUGUAGAUUUCUAUCAAAUAAACUUGGAGAAUGUCAAUUAUGUGAAUAAUUAAAUGGGUAUUAUACUGAUUAAAUUAAUAAUAAAUGCUAUUCAAAAUGUGGAGAUUAAUUCAAAUCAUAAGAUGAAGAAUGUGAUGAUGGAAACUUAUUACCAGGUGAUGGAUGUGAUCGAAAUUGUAAAAAAGAAAAUAAAUUUGUAUGUUAAAAUGGAAUUUGUAUCACUCCAAACUAUCCUAUUCCAUAUUUAUUUAGUUUUGGAGACAAUUAAUUAUAUAAGAAUAUUAGAUAAUUCAAAUUAACAUAUAAGUUGUUUUUAAAUUUAACUUAAAAUGAUCCAAUUGAAAAUUAAUUUAUCCUUCAUAUUAAGAAUAAAAGUAAAGAAAUUCCAAUUGAUUGUCAAUACAAAAUAUUACCAUAAUAUUAGUUAGAUAAUUAAACAUAAGUUAAUUUUUCAGUCAUUUUUGAAUUAAACUUUAAUAGAAGCACAAGAAAUGAAGAAUUAAUUAUUAAAUAUUAAAAUAGUUCCAAAUUUAUUUCAUAUUAAGGAUACCCCUAAUAAGAAUAAUUCAUUUAAGCAAUAAUCCCUGAAUUUAUGUUUAUUGAAGAGUCAGCAGUGCUUUAAGUUAAAAUGGCUACAAAUGGUAAUUAGUAUGUAUUAUAUGUUAUGGGUGCAAUGUGUGGAGGAGCAAUCUUAUUUGGAGGUUUAGAUAUUUUUUACAAUUUGUUAGAUACAAUACAAAUGUUAUCUUAUUUAAAAUAUAUAAACACUUAAUUCCCAUACAAUUUGUAAGAGUUUUUCGAUUUUUUUGGUUUUGCUUAACUCAAUUUUAUUUCCAAAUAUUUAAACCUUUAAGAAUUAAUAGAUCCUUACAUAUCAUAUGAAGAGCUCAAACAUAUACCCUUAAAAAUUGGAAAAGAUGAUUUAAAUUCUUUAUUCAUUAUAAAUGGAUCUUCAAUUUUUGUAGUAUGGCUAUCACUUUUUGGAAUUUAUGUAGUAUCAACAUUUUUGCCUUAAAUUUUAUAAUAAUUUAAAUUUAAAUAUUACACUGAAAUACCUGGAUAAUAAGAUAUUACUUUAAAAUGUAAAUUGAUAUUUUUGGCAGCCAAAAUUUUUAUUCUCAAAUUAUGUUUCAUAAUGGUCUCAGAAUUUUUCUUUAGUGGUAUUUUUAGAACUCUUUUAGCUACUGCAUAUGAUUAUUCAUUUUCUGUUACUCUUUAAUUAUAUGCUUUAUAAUUAAACUCUAAAGAAUUUUUGGUCAGUUUAAGCUCAUAUUUAGCUUUAAUAGCAUUCGGAUUAUAUUUGUUGACAAUUUAUAUUGUGAUUAAGAUUAUUGGAGCCUCAUCAAUAUCUUAAGAACAAUAAGAAAAUAAAUUGAAGUAUGGAUCAUUACUUGAAGGAAUUAAAAAAGAUUAUUAUAGCAAAUACUUCAAUGCUAUCAUUCUUGCUAAAAAACUGUUAUUUAUGCUUGUUCUCAUAUUUUGUUAUUCUUCUCCAUUUUUUUAAGCCAUCAAUUUAACACUAUUGUCAGCUCUACAUACUAUAUUCUUGAUUCUUUAUAAACCAUUAGAUGAUCAAAAAGAAUAUAAAAAAUAAUUGUCUUGUGAAAUUAACACAACAAGCUCUUUAAUUUUGAUUUCUAGUUUAGUUUUAGAUGAAGAAAUAUCAAUUUUCAGUGAUGAGAAACGCGCAUUAAUUGGGUGGUUAUGUAUAUCUAAUAUAACUUUAAUUUUUAUCAUUUAAUUAAUCAUGGAUGCUAUUUAACAAUGGAUGCUUUUGAUAAAAAAAUACAUAUAGCUUAGAAAGCUGAUUGAAAAAAUUAAUUUAUUAUUUCGCUCUAACCCUCCCCAAAAAACUAACCAUAAUAUUUUUAUUCGAACAGAUAAUCCGAAUGAAUGA